AUGGCCCCCGGCGACGAAUACACAGCCGGCGGGGGCGGCAAACUCAAACUCAAAGGCUCCAAAGUCAGCGACGGCCGAGUAGAAAAGAAAAAGAAGAAGUCCAAGAAGAGCAAAUCCGACAACGAUGGUGAGAUUGGCUCCGCACCGCCCGAAGCUAGACACCCAGAUGAAGACGGGAGGAGCGAGGACCACCACCCGGACCAUCACACACCCCCAGAUGAUGCGGGUGCAACAGUAGGCAAGACAGAAGCGGAAAGGAAGUACGAAGAGGCGCGAAAGAAGAGGCUCUUGGAACGUCUAAAGCGGGAAGGAGUCAAGACUCACAAGGAGCGAGUGGAGGAGUUGAAUAAGUAUUUGAGCAAGCUGAGUGAGCAUCAUGAUAUGCCGAAGAUUGGGCCCGGUUAA